AAGGGCUCCCUGGGGCAAGACUAUAUAACCCCAGAGAGACUGCGGCAAGCUUGCUCUCUGCUACUUUCCAGCCUUGCCCCCAGGAAACUGAAGACAUGGCACCCAAGAAGGCCAAGAGAAGGGCAGCAGCAGAGGGUGGAAGCUCCAAUGUCUUCUCAAUGUUCGACCAGACUCAGAUCCAGGAGUUCAAGGAGGCCUUCACAGUAAUUGACCAGAACCGUGAUGGCAUUAUUGACAAGGAAGACCUGCGGGACACCUUUGCAGCCAUGGGGCGCCUCAAUGUGAAGAAUGAGGAGCUAGAUGAAAUGAUGAAGGAAGCCAGCGGCCCCAUCAACUUCACCGUCUUCCUGACUAUGUUCGGAGAGAAGCUCAAAGGUGCCGACCCCGAGGACGUGAUCACUGGAGCCUUCAAGGUCCUGGACCCUGAAGGGAAGGGUGUUAUCAAGAAGCAGUUUUUGGAGGAGCUGCUUACCACCCAAUGUGACCGCUUCUCCCCGGAAGAGAUCAAGAACAUGUGGGCGGCCUUCCCUCCCGACGUGACCGGCAUGGUAGACUACAAGAACAUCUGCUACGUCAUCACGCACGGCGACGCCAAGGACCAGGAGUAGAGGGCCCUUCGGGACAGCCUGACCCCCACCCCAGUCCUAAUAAAAUUGAGCUGGUCUUUGUUUCUUA